UAUGACUCGAUAGCAAGUAUACUUACCAGCGUAGUUUGAUAUUGGGAAUUCUAGCGAUGUAUAUCGGUUACUUCUAAGUUGGAAUGGCUUCCUUUGAUUCUCUAAUUGCUUGCACGAGUAUAUAAUUGGCAGUACCUAGGUAGGUAUAAGAAGUGUCUAGCAAAUAUCAACCGUGGGCAGAAAAAUAGAAAGAGUCUAGGACUAACUACUUCUGCGGCUCUUCUCCUAGCCUUAUAUCUGAAGAUUAUAUUUACGUACCCCCCUUAAUCGUAGAAUGCGGCUGACUUUCGGGUCUGGUGGUUAUUGGAACUUCGCAAUUAUUCCUGUCUAUAUCAUAACAGGCACCACAUUCGUCAGGACAUACAUUAUAUGUGAUACGGUCAAGAAGCCGUUGCUCUCGCCCGGUAUCCACGAGGUCUCCCGUAUCCAUGGAUACAUAAAUUGCGCCAUUACCCGCGGAAGCUAGUUACCGGUAUCUCAUCCUUCUUCAGCGGUCACGACGUGCAACAUUAUGGACGAGACAACCAAACUUUGGUAUAUGCAGGCUUCGCCACUGUAUGAGACGGAGAGGCCUUACCACAUCUUUGAGCCUCUUCCUCCCGAAUGCAAACCGGGCAAUCUGUCUUUCGAGCUCGGUCCACCACAAAGUAUCAAGGACGUACGCGGUCAUGAGCGCGAAUAUACUCUCCAAAUACAUGGAUUUGCUUUCAAAAGUAGAAUCCUCCCCAAUGUGAACUGGAACGACGAGACGGACAUAAGUACCAAGUACAUCGAGGAUUUGCGCCGGGCACUUUCGGAGGUUCCUGGUUUGGGAAGCGAUAUAGAAACAUGCAAAAUCUUGGACUGGAGGAUAAGGAAAUCGGGCUCUGAAAAUGUGCUGGAAAAUCCAGGCGCCGAUAGGAUGGUGAAAAUAUCACCUGCCUACAUUGUGCACAUAGACCAAAGCCCUGCGGGUGUCCUUCAUAGAAUUCGAAAACAGUUUGGCGCCGAGAUUGAGGCUCUGAUUCAUGGUCACAGAGUUCAAGUUAUCAACAUAUGGAGACCACUUGUUGCCGUCGUUGAGGACUUGCCGCUCGCCCUCUGCGACGCGCGUACGGUGAGCCAAGAGGAUUUAGUUGAGACUGAGUUCAUCAAUACAGAUGAUAUCCGAAGGAGCUAUAUGGUCAAGUAUAGCGACUCAUUCCAGUUUCACUACUUGAGUCGAAUGACCAAGGACGAAAUCUGCAUUUUCAAGGUCUUCGACUCGGCUGAUGUUGAGACUAAAUGGGUACCUCACGCUGCAUUUAACCAUGCUGUUCCGUCCCCUGAUUAUGCACCACGCGAAAGUAUUGAGGUUAGAUUCUUGGUAUUCUCCCCAGAGCCUUGAAUUGGUAGACCGGUGGGGUUUGGGAAUCUAGGAAAGGCCGCAUCCUAGAUGGAUCGGGUGUGAAGUGUAUCCGGUGGACCUGCAGUGUAACAUUGAUAAGCCAAUCGCAUUCUGAUGUCCCCAGUACAUCUUGAGCCAAUUGACACAGUGACUUUCUUGUGAUGGCUCAGCAGAGCCGCAAGCAUGAUGUACCUACCUUGGUAGUUCAAAUCAUAUGAUGGUGGCAGUCAUAUGUAAC